AUGUCUCGCAUCCAACGGAUAGUUUCAGUGCACGCCCGCUCUCUGAUUGCAAAUGUUGUGUUGGGUGCGCGCUUGACUCCAGCGCGUGCUGACUGCAUUGGCGGACCAAACCCAGAAGACGUCAUCCAACAGCUUGUUGCCGCACCCUAUUCGAGACUGGCGCGUCCUGACAGCGAUGGCCCUCCGACCAAAGUGGCUACCCAGUUUUACCUGGAAUCGCUCAACUCUGUCGACGAAAAGGGCAACGCGGAGGAAGUGUCGGGCUAUUGGCGCAUGAGUUGGAAGGACCAACGAUUGAACCUCACAUCGGUGGAGGAUGGCGGUUGCUUCGGCUCCCUGAAUCUGCCCCUUCAGGGCUCUGGGAACAUUCCGUUGGAGUCACCUGACGUCUGGGUUCCUGACCUCUACUUUUCGACUGCCCUGUCGGAGUCCUAUGGCUCCAAUUUCUUACAGGUGUCCUACACUGGCUAA